AUGGUCUCCCUUUCAGGUGAGUUUGCUAAGCACGCAGAUGCCAGCGCGAGACGUAUCCUGCAGGAUUUGCAUCGCAGGAUUGGUCAGACGUGCUCGUUCCCCUCUCUGGAGGACAGCAAGUUUCACUAUGGCUUCAACUCCAGGUACCUGGAGCAGGUGGUUUCUUACCGGAGGAACAACUUUCACUGGUUAUUUUUCAGUUCCUUUGCUGCAGACUGUAACAGUAUAGAUGUCCACUACAUCUACGCGAAACCCAAGAACCUUCCAGAAGGAGCCCGUGCCAUGCCUCUCAUGAUGGUGCACAGCUGGCCGGGCUACUUUUACAAGUUCUGUGGUGUCUUCCUGCUCCUCAUGGAACCGAUGAGCCCUGAGCACAUCGCCUUCGAGGUAGUCUGUUCCUCCAUAUCUGGCUACAGCUUCUCCGAGCCGCAUAAAAAGGGGUUCGACUGGGUGUGUGCUGCGCGGGUCUUCCAUAAGCUGAUGAGGAGACUUGGAUUCCUUCAUUUCUACAUCCACGGUGGAGACUAGGGCUGGAUCAUCAUCAUCAUCAUCAUCACCACCACCACCACCACGUCCCAGCAGGCCAAGACUGUGAAGGAUCUGCAUGUCAACUUUUGCCCUCCUGUCAAACCAAGCCCGACUCUCGGCUCACUGCUCUUGGGACGCUUCUUCCCAAAACUGUUUGGCUUCAGUGAACGUGACAUCACGAGAAUCUUCCCCUGUGUGGAGAAGUUAGUGAAGGACUCUGUGAAAGAGUCUGGAUACAUGCAAGGCACCAAGCCCAACACUGCUGGACGUGGCUUGAAUGACUCUCCUGUGGGCCUGGCCGCCUAUAUAUUGGAGAAAAUGUCCACCUGGACUGACCUGGAAUUCAGGAACCUUGAGAAUGGGACUGGGGAGGUGGGCUCCUCGUUGGGGGUGGUGUUAAAGUUCUCUCUGGAUGACCUGCUGACUAAUGUGGUGAUCUACUGGCCCACCGGUUCCAUCAUUUCGUCCAUGUGGCUCUAUAAGGAGAACUUGGUCAAAGGUCUGGCACAGCCACACCAAACGAUCCUGGUUCUGGCUGGUCUGGCUGUUUUCCCAUGUGAGGUGGUGCAUCCAAAAUUCUGGGCCAAGCAGAAGUAGAGCUACACACUCAUGUCCAGAGGUGGCCACUUUAUUGCUAUGGAAGAACCCGAGUUAAUAGCUCAAGAGCUCCAGAAGUUUGUCCAGAUUGUGCAGAACAGGAAGUGAAGGUCUGCUGACUUUCUGGGUUGCGUCUUUUUUUUUUUUUUUUUUUAGUGCCACUAUUGCAGAACUACCUUGUUCCCACUAACCGAAUGGGGAGAAUUUGACUGCUUACUGAACCAACAGCCAGAGUUCAUGAGCAGAUGUGUGAGCUGCAGGGUCCUCACACACAACUGUGAAUACUUACCAGUACAACAGCUGCACCAUUACACUUAGAACUUAUCCUACACAUGUUCAGACUUUUAGCCAAGCUUAAAUGCACAGGUGUCCAACGCGUCAUUUAUUAUAAACUGUUUGUAGGGUGAAUGGCUUUUUGGUUUUGCUACCAUUUCAAGCAUCAUUGUACUACUCAACUUAUAAUUUACAUUUACAGCAUUUAGCAGACGCUUUUAGCCAGAGCGACAUACAAAAGUGCUUUGUUAUU